UAGGCAGUCGUUUCAAGAUCUGAUGCGGCAGUCUUUGUGCGCACCGUCCCCGCUUGAGCAUGAAGCGUAACCCUGUGGAAUACACACUGUAAUUCGGAGGAGCUUUGCCUUGUAGAGGAAAACUGUUUAAAAAAGACGGAGCCGAAGCAAAGUCGCGCAACUUUGUGAAAACGUAGCGGAUACGGACAGGAGGCAUGGCAGACCAUCUUAUGAUGCCCAUGAAUCACAGCUCAGCGGGCGCCAGUCUCCACGGUUACAGGAUGGGCAUGAACGGCCUGCAGGCAGGUCACCAGCAACAUGCCAACCAGCAGGGCAUGCGGGCACUGCCCAAUGGCCAGAUGAUGCACUACGGUGGCGCCCAGGCCAACAUGGAGACCGCCAUGAGGCAACGGCAGGGCAUGGUGGGUGGACCCAUGAAUGGACAGCUGAAUGGGGCGCAGAUGGGUCACCACCAGAUGACCUCUGGUAACAUGAUGUAUAAUGGCCAGCUGCAGCAACAACAGCAUCACCCUCAGCAGCAGCAGCAUCAUAUGCAUCCACAGCAGCACCAACAACAAGCCCAGCACCCACAGCAACAACAGCAGCAGCAGCAGCAGCAGCAACAACAGUUCAUGAAUGGCGGGUUAACAUCUCAGCAGCUCAUGGCCAGCAUGCAACUGCAGAAACUCAACACCCAGUACCAUGGACACCCACUGGGGCCUAUGGGCGGGAACCACAUGGGGCCCACGACCCAGUAUCGCAUGAACCCAGCCCAGCUGGCUAACAUGCAGCACAUGGCCGGACCAGCACUGGCCCUAAACGGUAUGGAUGCAGAUAUGAUCGACGAGGAGGUCCUGACCUCCCUGGUCAUGGAGCUGGGCUUGGACCGGGUCCAGGAGCUGCCAGAACUCUUUCUUGGCCAGAAUGAGUUUGACUUCAUCUCAGACUUUGUCAGCAAACAGCAGCCUAGUACCGUUAGUUGCUGAGAGGAUCUGGUUUGUGAAGGCAAACAAAUGGAGACAGCAGAGUGAGAAUUGCCAGGAUGGCGGAAGAGUGCUCAUCUCUUUACUUUAUAUUUUGUGAGCACCUCUCUGUACGACCAUGCCAAGUUGCAGCGCAAGGUGCACAGAAGAGAACUCUGGAUAUCCACAGUGAACGCACAGUGCUCGAGUCUCACAUGUGCUGGUGGCCAGAGGGUGGUUGGCUUUAAGGCCUAGUUCCACCUCUCACAUUUCCUGGACAUGAAUGUAAUAAAGUAAUGCUGAAAUUGUCAAAAGCCACUCUGAACAAUGCUAUGACACUGUGUUUCCUCCAAGCCUGGACUCCAUGACAGUUUACCAGUAAAAAGGUGUAUUUAUUUAUUCCUAUCUGAGAAAACUGAUAUAAAGAAUAACCACCAUCUCCAUUUUGGAGUCCAAGUGGUUUUAAUGAUUUUUGAGAUUGAGACGGGGAAGAAAAUCGAAUUUAAGUUCUCUGCUCAUUAAUUUUUUUCCCCAUUCUAUUUGGCCUAGUAUUAAAAAUAAGCUCGGAUGACAAGGUCAUUUACACAGAGCCUGCAUUUGAUAUUACAAAGGUCAGACAUGACAGAAGUACAAUGUUAAACAGAUUUUAAAAAUGGUUCACUUUUGAAAAAGUGGCCUUUUUUAGAUGUGAUGUUCUCAAAAAUCUACUGCUUGUACUGUAUGAAGCUGUAUAACUCCAACAUGUCCACACUGUUGUGUUCUAUUGGAGAUGUAGAACCGCCUUAAUCGCGCAGAUUCUUAUUUAUUGGUUGUUUAUAUUGUCCCCUUUUUUUGUGGUCAAGAUGGGGGGAUGGUCUUUGUGAAAGGGGUUUUGAGGAUCAAUAAAGAUGGCCUGGAUAGAA